CUGCAGUGAAAAAGGCCGUUAAUUCCAAUCCUAGCCAAAACCCUUCAACACGGUGUCACGUACAAUACUAUCUGUAGCCAUGAGUAAUUUCACCGACAGCUUGAGCACGGGACAGGACUUCCUGUUGACAGUCACCAACAGCCAAAACACGUCCAUUUCAUUGGACUUCAACAUGUCCAUAACGACAAUUGUGCCUGGUGGUCUGAACAUGACCGAUUCAGAGGUGGAGUCCACUCUGGUGAAGCUCAGCAAAUUAUACCAGGUAAGGGGAAAAUGAUUGGAAGUUGUGGUCAGUCAUGUUAGAGUUAGGGUUAGUUAGGGUUAGUUAAGGUAAAUUAGGGUUAGUUAGGGUUAGGGGGGAAAGAUACGUUUUUCUAACGUCUUUAACAUGGACUUAGAGAACUAUGGACAGUUUAGCGUCAAUAUUCUCGUUUCAUUGAAUUGGUUUAGUAGCAUGUUUGUCCUCAAUCAUUGUUUCAUUGUAGUGGUUUAGUAGCAUGUUUGUCCUCAAUCAUUGUUUCAUUGAAAGAGUUUAGUAGCAUUUUUGUGCUCAAUCAUUUUUUUUCAUUGUAGGGGUUCAGAAGCAUGUUUGUUCUCCAUCAUUAUCCGUUGUAUUGGUCCAGUACCAUGUUUCUGCUCAAUCAUUGUUUCGGUUUAAGAAUUACGGGAAUGUUUACAAUAAAAAUUCAGAGUUUGGGAUCAGGGAUGAUAUAAAUGUCACAGCUGUGUUUUACCGGUAUGAUGAUAUCAAUGGCACGGCUGUCUUGUACCAGUAUGAUAACAUCAAUGGUUUAUCUGUUGUGCACCUGUAUCAUGCUAUCGAUGGCACAACUGUGUAGUACCGGUGUGAUGCUAUUAAUGGCACAGCUGUGUUGUACCGGUAUCAUGAUAUCAACGGCACAUUUGUGUUGUACCGGUACCAUGAUAUCAAUGGAUCUCAAUGGCACAAAUGUGUUGUACCGGUAUUGCUCCACUGUGACAGCAGCAUUUAGCGCCAUUAUCUCUUGAUUAAUGUAUCGAUCCAAUCGCUUGGUACCAGUAAAGCUCAGGGUUGCCCCCGUCGUCGUGCUAUGGUUAAGUUUACCAUGGAAUCUCUUACACGAUCUUAGCCUCCAACUGAUUCCCGAGUACGUUUCAAUCAUAGUUACGUAUUAUUAACAAUGAAUAGUUUCGACUAAAUAGUUUCCCCCUUACUUUUUGUAAGGAUACAGCGCACCUUCAUUCCACAGGUUUUGUUGUGUUUCAAAAUGGGAAACAUAGAGCUCGACUAACAUAAUUAUCUUAAAUGUAACAAAUAUAUGUGGCGAAAAUGUUGUCUUGUUUGCGUUAUUACUUUCCUUUAAUUAUUAAAAUGAUUCUUCAAAUAGGGUUAGAAAAUUUAAGGUACUUUUUUUUGACACAUGACUCCUAGAAAACGUGACACUGCUCAGUGAGUCUUAGAAAAGGGGGUACACGGUAUGCACUAAGGGUGAACACGGGAUGAAGUAAGGGGGAAUACGGGAAGCAGUAAGCAGGAAACGAGAUGCAGUAAUGGGGAACACGGGAUGCAGUAAAGGGGAACACGGGAUGCAGUAAGGGGAACACGGGAUGUAGCAAGAGGGAAUACGGGAUGCAGUUAGGGGGAACACGGGAUGUAGUUGGGGGGAACACGGGAUGUAGUAAGAGGGAACACGGGAUGCAGUUGGGGGGAAACAUGAGUAUGGGGCGAUAAAGAGCUCGAUGACGGUCCUUAGUUACCUGUACAUAAAGGCGGUCAAUGCAGUAUAGUCACCAUGUGUUUGCUCGUUACCAAGAAUAAAUGCAUGCCCCACACACCCACACACAUUUGACGACUUCCCACACACGUCAUUUGUCUGUCUCUGGGUGUUCCAAUGGGUAUUUACAAAAACAAUCACAACAGUCCGGUAACGCUGUACUCUAUUAAGCCUAUCACAGGAUAAAGGACUUUACCAAGCAAGCGCAUCCUUGCUACAGACAUGACUCGGCCAAACUGGACCGACCAACCCUUCUAAACGCUACCCCCGGGCCAUGGGAAAGGGGGGGGGGGUGUGAAUCUGACCGCUCGAGGCACUGGGCUCGUAUACCCAAAAAAAAGAAGCAAUUAGCCGGGUGGAGGAGACGACCAGUGGUGGGUGGAGGAGACGACCAGUGGUGGAAGUCUUGUCUACACCGAAGCCGCAAUAGAAAUCCGUAGAGAGCCCGUGGUAAUGGUAAACAUUAAACUCGGAGAGAGCUUUCCUGAGCAUUAUUCUAUAGGGCUUUUAUUAAUUCACCCCCCCCCCCACAUAUUGCGUAGAGUCAUUGUGUUUUGGGCCAAGAUAUCCCAGUACUUCUGAUUGUAGUGAGGUCUUCUAAUCAGUGGCAUGACUUAGGUUGUACCUUUCGGGGUGGGCCAAGCUUUUGGCUACGCCCUCCCACGAAAAACAUAAGCAGUUGGCAGAAAAUGCCGCCCUUAGAUAUCAAUAAGGAAAAGUGCCGCCUGGGGCUGAAAACCCCAACAGUCCGAUGUACUACGCCCAUGAUACUAAUCACCGCGUGCCCCUCUCUCCCUACAGGGUAUCCACGGUUACUUCGCCUUCGUCGUGUGCGUGUUCGGGAUCGUCUCCAACAUCCUCAACAUCAUCGUGCUGACGAGGAAACACAUGCGCUCGCCCACCAACUUCAUACUGACCGCCCUGGCCAUCGCCGACAUGCUGACCAUGAGCUCGUACCUGGUGUUGGCAAUCUACCUGUACAUCAUCACAAAGUAAGUCCAUAGAUUUAUCUAACGUCAUAAUUCUCCAUGGUCCUCAAACACUGCCCUCACCCCCCCCCCCAAAAAAAAAAAAAAAAAAAAAAAACACUAAACGGUUACACCUGGUAAGCUGGUCAAUUCUUUGUCUCUGCACUCUUAAGCUUUUACAUUUCACUUUGCAGUUUCAAAAUAGAAUUGUAACGAAUGAAGCGAAACACACAGAAAUGUAUUCAUGAUUCUGGUUAGGUACAUUGCCAUGGAAGCGGGAGAAUAACUCCAUUGAAAUAUAUAUAUAUAUAUAUAUAUAUAAAGCAAGCUUAUGCGAAAGGAAAUCAAAGCGUGCAUCCAUGUUCAGACCCGUGUAGGUUUUGUUCAAACCAUCUUUUAGAAAAAUAUAUAUAUUUUUUUAAAUCAAUAAUUUAUUAAGAAGCUAAUAACAAAAUAGAAAUAAAUUAUUCAUAAGCAUUUAACAAUUGAACCGCUCAAUCCACUUCUAAGAAAGAUUUCUUUUCACCUACAAGACCCCCACCCAACUCUUACCCCCCCCCACCCCACAAAACAAUACCUAAUCCAUGUCAGACCUGACCAACAAGCGCCCAGUAGUCCCUAUCACUGGCACACGAAAAAUGUUAAGUGCAUAGCCUUUCAAUCGACAGGAAAAAAACGUGCUUUGUGUUUCUUUCAUUAAGUGCCGUGAUUUAAAGCCAGAGGGAGUCACGAUCUACAAUAAUAUUUUUUGCACACCAAUUUGACAACGAUUGAAGCAUGAUUUGUUCUUUGAAGUGGAACAGCCUGGCAGACACUAGGUCAGUUGCAGUAACAAGUUCCUAAAGCUCAUGUCGUAACUCGCGGCGGGUGUUGGAUCUAAAUAAAGAGCGAGACUUUUGUCGUGAUAAGUGUUGCCGUAGGUGAUAAGCAGGUGAAUUUGCAAGCUGUACAGCUAUAAUAAAACCAAAAAAAAAAUAAUAAACUUUGGUUUUUAUUAUUAUUAUUUUUUUAAAUUUUGAAGUAUCCGUUUUAUCCUUUUUACAUUGUUACAUUUAUUGAUUGAAUAUAAAAGUGCCUCCUUUAUCUGAUUAUUUUGAUUAUCCCGAUAAGGCAUGUCAAAUAAGAGCAUUAACCCAGAGUGAACCAAAGAUAAUCCAGCACUCGGAGGGCCAAAUCGGAUACCAGAUCCACAGCACGUAGGUGAGCCGAGUGGGCCUAAUGCUUUGUUCAUCGAAUGACUUCAAUUGUUAGAAUGGGAUAUUCCCGAGGGUGUGGUCCGCCGAUAAAACUAUUGGAUUCUGGGUAUCGAACAGACAAUGCGAUUAACACCUCGACGUGAGCGACCCUCAAACCGGACAAUCGUAAACACGCUACAGGGCCAAGGUAUCGCAGUGAGACUUGGAGGAAGUCACAGGAAUCGAUUGUACUAACUUUAUGGGGGACACCGCGACUUUGUGAGCAGAUUGGGAGAGAUAGCCUGGCAAUUAAAAGGUGUGGAAAAGAGAUUAGGGAAACUGGUGCCCGUGAAACUAGAUCAAAAGAUAACGCCACGGUCAAUGCUGUCGAUUAAGGUCUAUGUUUGUGUCGGUCGAUGUAAGAUGUUAAUGUAGGUCAAUGAAAGCGAUUAAGACAUAUGUUUGUUUUUUUAAUGUGACAUUAAGGCUGAUGUUUGAUUCUGUCAAUGAAAGAGAUUAAGGCAGAUGUUUGUCUCUGUCAAUGUCAUAGAAUAAAGCAUAUGUUUGUUCAUGUCGAUGUCCCUUCUUCUUAAACACUGAAACAAUAAUUUCUUCACAAAAGGUAAGGCUAAUCGAAUGACGCCAUCCGAACGGACACAUUUCUUUAAAAACAGAAAUAUUAUUUCAUUCAGACAUUGGACCAAAAGUGAAAACUAGAUGUUGACUAUGGUUAAUUCCCGGUAACUCGAGGCCUUAUGACGUCAUCUUGGCAUCAAUGUGUUUGAUUCAUGCACAGCGGUGAUUCGUGACUUCAUAUCCAUCAAUAUCUUGUUAAAGUAACAUCUUAAGUUUAGAAUAUAUAACAGCAACUAGGGGUAACGAGCGACCAGGGGUAACUUCCCCACACUAAAAUUUCUACAGCUUCACAAAAAAGACAGUCUGUUUAUUUUCCCUAUUAAGAAUGUGUAAACUGGAACAUUAAAACUAAGCUUCUAGUUAUAACGAACAACUGCAUGGAAGUCAAAUAAAUUAUGGACACAAUGAUGAGUUUAUUGUUUACCUUGUAGUUUUUAAAAUCAUCACCCACGCCCUUUAUUUUCCUUUUGUGGGAAAAAAUGUUUAUACAUUAAGUAUGUUGUAUGCCAGAAUAGCCAAGGAAAAAAAGAAUAAAUACAACAACUUUAUUUCACUCGUGAAAAAGUAGAAAUUCAUGCGCGCCCCCUUCUUUCUAUUACAGGUCAUUCGUCAUGCGGACAUGUCCACUAAAACCAGUAAAUCCUCUCGCGAACCCCCUUUAUUAAUCCCUGCACCCCGUUUAAAGAAGUCAUUGUAUCCCUCGUCCUGUAAUCCCCCACCUUUUUUCAACUAAUUUUACACUUUCUAAUAUCCCGAGUCAGUGACGUCAUUUGCGUAGGUCAGGGUGGGACAUUUAGCCCGCCCCCCCCCCAUUUUACAGGUUUUAUUUAAACUGCAAUGCACUGUGGCGCCUCUAGUAAUAAACAACUUAAAAAGCCGACCAAGUUUUGGUUACCCCACCCCUGAAAAAAACCUGAAAUGACACCCCAGGUCCCCAUGUAUUGAUCACAGGUCUAGCAACUAUGAGUUUCGCCCUUGUCCAAAAGAAAAUAUUGUGUAACAGAGCCUCUGCACUAUUGCUCCGUCACUCAGUGUUGCUGGCUUACAAUGUUGCUCUGCACGGUGUGUCCCGUCCUUGAAGCUUUGGAGACCAGCAGGCAUCAAAAUGUAACAGUGUGUCAUUAAAAACAUACACAAAAUAAAAAAGCCAAUCAGCAGUCGGAUUAGCAAAGGAUCCGUUAUUUCGUGGCACGCGAGCGACAUUUUUAAGACCGUUAUUAAUUUUCAUUCUUUUAUUUUUUAAUUAAAUAUUUAGUUACAAAACAUUACGGCACUUUCUAUAGAAAACCGCUGUCGUAAAUGAUUAGUUUGACGCUAACUCACGAGCCACCUGUUAUAGACGCCACCCGUGUUGAUCAGCCUCAAAAUCAAUGAGCAGAGAUUUGUCUGGUGAUUCCUUUGUUUUACAAAGCAUAGGGAUUUUAAUUGAGAACAUGUAGCAACUCGAGCGAUACUUCGCACCGACGGGUAAAUUUUAAGUGCAUACCGGAUUUGGUAGGGUGGGUUGUGUGUGUGUGUGGGGGGGGGUUAAAUCACAGAUGGAGCUCAUUUGAGAUGGAUUUGUUAUGUACUAGUCUUGUCCCUGCCCUAGUCAAUGAUGGAAAUCAACAGGAUUUUAUGUUUUCUUCAUUCGACUUGGGGCUAAUAGGUGAGUGUAGUUAAAUUCACUGAUCGCAUUUUUAAUUUCUAAUUAUAUCAUACGACUUGUUCUUAGGAUCUAAAUUCUUUUUUAAUUUUUUUGUUUGAUGAAUGAGACGACCGACUCUUGCCCCAGCCCUUGUUUGUUUUUGGUUGUUGAACACGAUUAUACGUCAUAUCCAUGUCAUUUAUGUUAUCUAACCGUUAGAAAAACAAUAACAAAUCAGUUAGUUCUCAUUUUCCCAAGUAUUUUUCUUCUCCUCCCUUGUCAAGAAAGACUUGAGAAUAAAAGGCUUAUGUUUGGUGGCAUGGACGAACAUUUCAGGUUAACAAUUUAAAAAAAAAAUCAAUUAUUUUCUACCAUAUUCUGAUUUCAAUAAAUAAAAACAAAUUGAAAUAUUAUUCUACUUAAUAUUUUUUUAGAAUUUCAAUUACAAAUAUACUAUAUAUAUAUAAAUAUAGGCAAUCUUGCUGUUCAGGUGCGUAUAUUAUUUCUGAUCGAAAUUCGUUCUAUCGGGUGUAAACGUACGUGUAUUCUUCAUUAAAUUAAAUCCAGGCAGUGAUAGUUAACUAAUACUGAAUCAUACAUCGCUUAUUUUCGUUUUAUUUUAUUUCUAAAGCAUCUUUGAACAUCCCCCAACCUUCCAUAGCUCAAUUUGUUUAUAUCUAUUUUUUUUUACCCUGUUGACUGAUUUGUGAUCACCUAUAAGUAUACGUUGGUGUGCUAAACGAAAUUUUCAAAUUGUAACCAUGUUCACAAAAAUAAUGAAAUACGUGGGGGUGGGGGAUGUUGAGCUUAAUUAAAUGUUCCGUUAUUGUAUAGGGGCACAGCAUUGUUUUUUUCUUAUAUGGCAUGUGUAUACAGAUAAUUCCAAUCAAAGGCUCCUGCAUGGGCAUGGGGGAAUGGAACGAGAUCAAACGUAGUACGCAUUAUAACAUAUACUUGAUUAUCCAUAUUCAAAAACUGGUACUGAAGUUUAAUAAUGAACUCACAAUUUUAACUUUUCCUAAAACUAGCCAAUAUACACGCGAAUUUUAUAUAAAUUUAUUGUGUGAACAUGCUUUUAGUUUGAAAAGUUAAGCAUCAAUAAAUAAUGUUGUUAUAAUUUUACAUAAAUCUAAUUUAUUAUUUCCUUUUUGUUAAUAUGCUUUCAGUUGAAAAAUUGCAAUCUGGCAUGUAGGGUGAAUUUAAAAAAAAAAAACAAGAAAAUGGAGAGAUCGUUUGUGGUAUAGCUAUGUACCAAUGGGGCCUGUAAAAAUCAAUAAAAAGAAAAUUUAUUGCAGUACAAUUUAGUUUUAGGUCUAACUAAUACUGUCUAGAAUAAAUUUUAUAAAGAAUACACGUAAGAUUACAUGCGAUAACACGAAAUUCGAUCAGAAAUAAUAUACGCACCUGAACUGCAAGAUUACCUAAAUGUAUAUAUUACAUAUAUAUUUAAGGGAAUAGCCUCCCUUCAUAUUAUGGCAAUAUAUAUAUUUUUCCGAUUCGGGUCCCCGUCCAGCUAACCAUAAUUUGCACACAUAACAUGGGGGGGGGGGACUCGUUCAAAGACAAGGUUAAAUUUAAGACAUAAAACAAGAAACGUUAACUUUAAAGUGUCUGUGCUACGGUUUGAUCACUUAUUACCAUUUCUUUCCCUUUUUUCUCAGUGGAGUUAUCGUUUAGAACAAAGAUCUCUCUUAUUUAAUUUUCAAAGACAUUAGAUGCAUGAGUUUGUCUUAAAAGACUAUCACCGCUACCCCCCCAAAUCCCCACUCUUUUUUUAACCACCUACCCCCUCCGACGCCCCCCCCCUCCUACCUUAAAACGCGUUCCUUUUUGCUCUAGAAUAAAAAAUAUUUCAGAUUAAUUUAACUCUAUUUCAUUUAUUCAGUAUUAAGAUGCAUAUAAGAAAAACUAUGCAUUGUGCUUCAAAAGUAAUUAUAUAUAUAUAAUUACUUUUGAAUAUACACUAUAUUCACUAUACAGAAAACUGGCCAAAGAUGUACAAUAUAACUAAAGUAGUAUAAGAAAUUCACCAUAAAAAUGGUUGAACUCGAGAGGAAAGAAGCGCUAUUUCAAACAUUGUUUGAAUUGGAUUUCUCAAAUCAAAGUAUCAAGAUAUGUAUGGCUGUGCUAUGAACAUAUUGAUUUCAAUAGACCGAUGAGUUCGACAACACAAGGAUUUUAUAUGAGAGCUGUUUGAAGAAAAAAUGAAAAGAAAAAUGAACAGAUAAAAAUAAUUUAAAAAUAAUUAAUUCAAUACCCAUAGUUACAUGUCGCACUUACCGACAUUUAUUGGUUAUCUUAUUAUGUAUUUCUGUGGUUGACUUAAAUUUCUUCGAAGGAGAAAGCAGAGUUUCUUUAAUAAUUUAAUUUCCUUGUAUUGCUAAUGAUUUCCCACCAAAACAAGUUGAAGUAUUUGAAAGAAUUCUCUUGCUUUCUCCCACACAGGCCUCAGUGUGACCACACCACGACGUUCCACACCAAGCCUUGGAUGUAUUUUGUGCAGUUCCACAACUUGUUCGUCAUCACGUGCCACAUGAUGGCCAUGUGGCUGACCGUCUCCCUGGCCGUGUUCCGGUACAUCUUCGUCUGCAAGCACCAGCUGGCCACCGUCAUGUGCUCCAUGAGGCGUGCCAAGAUCACCGUCCUCAUCGUCUUCAUCGGGACGAUCGUCUCGUGUAUACCCUACUUUUUUAUGUACCGUGUCAAGGACAUAGGCCAAAACAACCGGGAAUGCUACUGGGUAGUAAGCUCGGAAUUCGCGGAAGCCCACCCCAUCUACGUCAACUUUGUCCACUGGCUGUUCGGAGUCGUCAUCAAGAUCCUCCCCUGCGUCCUGCUUUCAUACCUCUCCAUCCUGUUGAUCAUUGCCAUGCAGCAGGCGAAGAAGCGGCGGGCGCGCCUGCUCAACAACAUCUCCCGGGUGAUCGACCACGACAGCUCCAACGAGCACAACCGUACCACGAUGAUGCUGGUGGCCGUGGUCAUGUGCUUCAUUAUCACAGAGAUCCCGCAAGGGAUCCUCGCGUGGAUCAGCGCCGUAGACAAUAACUUCUUCCAAAAUGUCUACAUACACCUUGGCGACCUUAUGGACAUCCUCGUGCUCAUCAACAGCGCCGUGAACUUCAUCCUCUACUGCAUCAUGUCGCAGCAGUUCCGCGACACCUUCAAGAGCCUGUUCGUCUCCAAGAACCUUCCGCCUUUUUUUCACCGCGUCAAGCAUCACCCCAACGGGGGCGACUACAGCAUGGUGCACACAGAAACCACUCUUGUAUGA